AUGCACACAUUAUUUUAUUUUCAUGAAUCAGAUAUCUACCCAUACGAACCAAUUCAACCAAUAUGGAUGAUUAUUUACGCAUUAUUAUCAUUAGGUUUUUUUUAUAUAACUAAUCAUAUGACAAAAUCUAACUUAAAAAAUAAUUGGUUAAAACAAAAUACAUUACUUAGUUUUAUACAUUCAACUAUAUGUUCAAUAUUAAUUUUAAUUGCUGUUUUACGGGCACCAGAAAUGUUUGAUGAUCCAUUAUCACAUUCCAAUUAUUUCAAUUAUGCAGUCAUUUCUUUUAGUAUUGGUUAUUUUUUCUGGGAUUUUUUUGAUUGUCUACAAAAUUCAACAUUAUCAACAUUUCCUAUUCUUAUUCAUCAUAUUAUUGUCAUAACAUUUUUAUCUCAAAUACUUCUUCGUACACGUAAUAUUGGUUAUGGUCUCUAUGCACUUUCACUUGAAAUUAAUAGUGUUUUUUUACAUGCUCGACGACUUUUACGUUGGUAUUCACCUGUAUCUUCAUCAAUUUAUUAUAAAAAUCUAUUAAAAUUAUUUAUUGAUACUGGAAAUUAUAUAACAUUUAUUAUAUUUCGUUUUGGUGUUGUACUUAUUGCUUUACGAGCAUUAUAUCUACAACGAAAUCGACUUGAACCAAUAACACAUUUAUUUACUGUAAUAUCUGUUUGUGCAAUUGGUAUUCUAAAUAUUGUCUUAUUUUAUCGUUUAUUGAAAAAUCAAAUUAGUCAAAAGACAAAAUUAAAAGACAAGAAAUUAAUUGCAGAUCAGAUUUUAAUAAUUGACAAUGAUAUUUUAUUACCGAGUUAA